UUGAAAAUGUUUACAUUUGUGUUUCUUUCUAAACCAAUGUUUUCCUGGCGACUUAAAUGACCUUUUAUUCAGAAAGGCUAUAUAUUUUUUCUCCGGGUGAUCAUAUCCUUAUUUUUCCAUGACAGAUCUUGAGAAUAAUAAUAUAUGCAAAAGAUACGUAAAGAUGAUAAUAAAUAUAGUCAUAUUGAGCCUGAUCGUAUCCAUUUCUUUAGUUUUCUGGAUUAUGUCUAUGACUGCAAGUACCUAUUAUGAUAAUUUCCGGCCUAUUUCUCCUUGGCGCUGGCUGUUUUCUGUUGUUGUUCCUGUUUUAAUCGUCUCUAAUGGCUUUAAAAAGAAAAGUCUAGAUCACAGCGGGGCUUUAGGAGGGCUUGUGGUUGGAUUCAUCCUGACCAUUGCAAAUUUCAGUUUUUUUACCUCUUUGCUGAUGUUUUUCCUUUCUUCUUCGAAACUCACUAAAUGGAAGGGAGAAAUAAAGAAACGUCUUGAUUCAGAAUAUAAAGAAGGUGGGCAGAGGAACUGGGUUCAGGUUUUCUGUAAUGGAGCUGUGCCCACAGAGCUGGCUCUGCUGUACAUGAUAGAAAGUGGCCCCGGGGAAAUCCCCAUUGACUUUUCCAAGCAGCACACAGCCUCUUGGAUGUGUCUGUCUCUGUUGGCUGCACUGGCCUGUUCUGCUGGAGAUACAUGGGCUUCAGAAGUUGGCACUGUUCUGAGUAAAAGCCCACCAAGGCUGAUUACAACCUGGGAAAAAGUUCCAGUUGGGACAAACGGAGGAGUCACAUUAGUGGGCCUUCUAUCCAGUCUCCUUGGCGGUACCUUUGUGGGCAUCGCCUACUUUCUCACACAGUUGGCUUUUGUAAAUGAUUUAGACAUUUCUGCUCCCCAGUGGCCAAUUAUUGCUUUUGGUGGUCUGGCUGGACUAUUAGGAUCAAUUUUGGACUCAUAUUUAGGAGCUACAAUGCAGUUUACUGGUUUGGAUGAAAGUACAGGCCUGGUGGUCAACAGUCCAACCAAUGAAACGAAGCACAUCUCUGGGAAACCCAUUCUUGAUAACAAUGCAGUGAACCUGUUUUCUUCUGUCCUUAUUGCUCUUUUGCUUCCAACAGCUGCUUGUGGUUUGUGGCCCAGUGAGUGA